AUGUUUUCAACCCUAGAAGCUAAUGCUGCGAUGAGUGAGGUGGGAUAUCCGCAACAAGCUGACAAAGAUGGUUGGCGCCACUUUGUGUAUAAGGAAAAUCCAGAACGGUCAAGUCAGCUGCCCAGCGAUCGAGCGGGUAGUAUGCUUCCGUUCUAUCGGUUAGGUCCCGGGCGCCAUUCCCAGUUGGGUGGAUGGAUUUCUACUGCUGAUGAGACCCAGCUAGGUUGA